CUCAUGGGCAUGCUGGGCAGCCUGCAUUUUGAGCUGAAGUUCCGUCUGGAUGAGAGUGCUGCCAAUCUUCAGCACAAACAGGCUUUCCAGGAGCAGAGGUUCUCUCACUCUCUCUGAACCAUGCAUCUGUCCUGGGUUCUGCUGCUGACCUCAGUGUGUGUGCCGGGUGGUGAGACCAUGCCUCGCAUUCUAUGGCAGUUUGGUCAGUUAAUCACCUGCACGCAGCCCAACGUGAAUCCAUCAAUUUACGACAACUACGGCUGUUACUGUGGGGUUUCUGAAUCUGGCUCUCCCAAAGACCAAAUCGAUCAGUGCUGUGCCGUGCAUGAUAAGUGCUACGGAAAUGCUAGGAAGCUUCCAGAAUGUUCUCCUUACACAUAUCAGCCAUUUAUCAAAGGGUACUUCUUCAGCUGCUCUGCUAAAACCAUCACCUGUUCAGCCUUCAAUGAUAAAUGCCAGGCUACAGUGUGUGAUUGUGACCGAGUCGCUGCAAACUGCUUUGCCCGGUAUCAAAACUCUUACAACAACAACUACAAAAACCUUUCGAAAAAAGCGUGCAAGGAAUAAGAGAUGCCCCUGAAGACGACACACUGACACAUCUUUAUCAACGUAACACCACAUUGACUCAAUCUCCAUCCACUUAACACCUUGCCUGUCUCUACCAAGUACACACCAAACUCACUCCACUCCAUCAACUAAACACCACAAUCCCACCACAUGCACUCCAUCUUCUCAAGAAAAUAAACAACACAUUGACUCCAUUUCCACCAACCCCACCCUGAGUUCUUCUCCAAUAUCUAAACACCACACACACUCUGUUUACAUGACCUAAACACAAAGUGCACAGAAAGA